AUGCUGGUGUCCUAUAUGGAUCGUCAGAGGUCGCUUACGACCGAAUCGAACAGCGCGAAGAGUUCGACGAGCAUUAGAUCAAGAAACGGCAAGACAAUGACGUCACGUUUGGAUGAAAUGAGGGAGAAAUUCCAUCAUCGGCUCAUGCAAGAAAAGGAGCAAAAGCUGGUUGCGAUAUACGAGCGCCAGCAGCAGCAGGCUUUGAAUAGAAUUGGCAGAACGUUUCAUCACGAGACUCCUGUCGACUCGUCACCUCGAAUUGUGAAGACAGCCGGUGGAUUGAAUGGUAGAGCCGAUCUAGAGAGACCGAGACAGAGAGCUAUAGUGGGAGGUAAACACAACGCUCUUGAGCCUCUCAACAAAGCCCCUAGGCCGAGUCUCCCACGACCAUCAGUGCCUAACAUAAGAUACAAUAGCCACGUGUCUUUUCCCUACGAAAACGUUACACGAGGAGGUUUCGCCUCAGAGAAGGGAGCAAAGGUGCCUCCAGCACGUCCAUACUUGAGUAGACACCCUAAAUUGCCUGCUGUUGAGGAUAGAAAUGCAAGAAGGGCAGAGAAGCUUAAGGUGGAGAGGAGUGAGAGAUGUGGAGUGAGUGAGACUGAUAUUCUAGCUGAGCAGCUGGCGAAGAAGCAACGGGAGAUAUUUUUACAAUUACAAGAAAAACAAACGGCUCUGGAAGUUAUACAAAAACAGAGAAGAGAGGCUGAUAAAGAAGUGAUGCUGAAUAGGGACAUGAACACUGCCUCACAGAUUUCAGUGAGAAGGCAGAGUACCAGCAACAGCAGAGGAUCGAUGAACAAGAGUCCCGGCAGUGAUGUACAACAGACCGAGGAAUAUGUUGCCAACGGUGGUAACUUUGAGGCGACAUUGCAAUCGGCUCUUGGACAAACUGAUGCAGAUGAACCUUCAUCUGUCGACUUUGUUCCUUGUUCUGUGUGCGGCCGCAAAUUUGCUGCAGAACGUGUUGCAAAACAUGUUAGUAUUUGUGAGAAAUCGAAGAAGACGAAAAGGAAGGCGUUUGACACAGUAAAGAUGAGACUGGCGGGCACUGAAUUAGUAAAGUAUAGACCUAAGAAAGCAAGUGCAGCAAUAGAAAAACAAGCAGGAAAGUCAAACUGGAGGGCGGCUCAUGAUGACUUUAUCAAAACAGUCCGUGCGGCACGACAGAUGCAGGAGCAUAUUAGGAAGGGAGGCAAGCUGUCUGAUCUUCCUCCCCCACCACCAACCGAGAAUGCACAUUACGUCCAAUGCCCACACUGUCAGAGAAAGUUCAACCCUGCAACAGCCGAGAGACACAUUCCCAAGUGUAAAGACAUCAAACAUCGCCCUGCACCUCCGAAAACAAAACGAAAAUAG